CCAGACUGUCAAGGCACUCUUGCUGACAAGGUUGUACGCUGGCUGCUCAGUAAUCUUCGGAACUCGCCGUCACCAUGCUCGCGUGUCGAAGCGCCUGGCAGAGACUGGUCCCCCUCACCCAGCGGGCUUCCGCCUCCCUCCUGCGCAAUGCACCUGUUCGUCAGAUGUCAGCCAGCAGUGUGCCAGGCUCCUCUGGUGAAGCUCUGCCUUAUUACCUGCUUGUUGGUGUAACUAUGCUUGGUGGAGUAGUAUAUGCGUACCGCACUGUGUGCAAUGAUAGAGCCCGCUCUCGUGAACGCCAUGAAUACGUUGAAACACAACUGAAACCCCAGUUACAGAAUCUUAAAGGUGAGCGCAAACUCUUGUUAAAGUUAUGUAAGGGGCAAAAUGUUUGA